AUGUCCCCGAAGCAGCGAAUACCGAAAAUGGUGCGAGACUUGCGCGCGAUGAACGCAAGUCACUCCGUCUUCGAUAACCACGAUCUUCCGACCAGCGAACAGAACACACGCGACAGAAGACCAAUCCCCUCGAACAGUCGCUCAUUUGGUCGACCUCAAGUACGCGCCGCAGAUGAGACUGACGACAUGCGCUUCUUUCUAGCCUCCUCUCAGCCCGAGUCCCUCCCAGUGCCACAGCGACGAGCUGUCAAACAACUGGCCACGCAGCUUCAGGACCAGUGCGCCAUCUUGAUCGAAGAGAAGCUCUUCACACAAGCGCUGCAGCUUUAUUCCCACAGUCUUACGUCAGGCGUGGAGAAUGACGCUCCAGCUUACGUGCCACUGCCUCAGCAUAUCGCUCUUGUGGCCACGUUGGCUGUACACCCAAAGCUGACAACGCAAACCCUCUCACCGGACGACCACGCGGCAGCAGACGAUGCCUUGAAGUACCUCAGACACUUGACCAGUCUAGUGAACAUCGACGAAGGAGGAAUCAGAGAAGCUUUUCGAUUUGUGGGCCGGGGGACGAGGAAUGAGCGACCAAACAGAGGAAAAGCACGCCAUUCUGAUCAAGCAACGGAAGAAGAGGUGGGAGGUUCGGGAACUAUUCGAGGGCCAUACGCAAAUAAGCAGUCGUUGUGGAAGAAUGCUGAAGACCUCUGGAGUGUUGUAGGGUGGGCAUUCAACUGCAGCAUAAAGCACAAGCUAAGAUGGGAGAGAUGGAAGCUAUGGCUGGAGCUGAUGCUAGACGUUCUCGAGAGUGAUCUAGAGGCGUCGAGGGACGGCAACAAUGAAUGUUCGACCAGCACACUGCGUCCCGCGCUCCUUGCACAAUACCUAUCCACCAUUGGAGAAGGCCGAAACAACCAUCGUCGCAUCAUGUAUGCUAUUAUUGCAGACGGAACUCCCAAGAGCAUGGCCGAGUUUGGGGAGAUAUGGCAGCAAGAGACCAGAACACCGAAGCGAAAGGCGGGAGAGGACGAGCGGCCGUUGAAGAAGCGCAAGCUGGAUCUGGAUAAUGAAGAGUAUGGAGACUACUUCGACGAAGAGUCAGGCGAAGAUAGCUUGGAAGAUCGGAAGCGACGCUCUCGUUCCGCAACCACCCAUUCUACGAGGUCACGGAAUGCUCAACCCAAGCCUGGGGAACCCGAGGACGAGGCAUCGGAUGACGAGGAAGAGGGCUCAGGAGCGGACUUGACAGCUCCUCAAGACGUCGAAGCUAUGGGUGGCAUCGAGUCCAUCCGCCUACGUCAGCGUUUUCUCGUCUUAUUGUCGCGGUUCAGUUGGUAUGCAAGAGAUACGUCGCUCUUCAUACCCAUUGACGAUCUCUUUGAUCUCUUCACGGAGUUCAUCAAACCGCUGCCAGUUCCAGUCUUCCAACAAUUUAUUCUACCCACCAAGCCCUAUUUUGGCAAUGUCAACUAUGAGGUCAGCCUAUGCGACAUGCUCUGCGCGCCACUGCUGGGAACGAAUGUUGCCGAUACUCCGAUCACUCAAUCGCAAUUUGAAGAGAUGUUCGCGGCGCAAGCAGCACUGAAUACUUCGGCUGCAGACAAUGCUAAAGCCAGUCUGUUGAUCGAAAGCUUGCUCCGUGCGCUUUGGAAGGAAGGACAGCUUGUCGGCGAUGCUCGAAUGCUCAGAGAGCGCAUCGAGCAAGGCAUUACUGCGAGGAACCAGAAGGUCGCGUUCGACGGACGGAAGAGGGCGGGCAAGAAUGCGGCACGAGACGAUGAAGCCCGUACUUCGCUUCAUUCCUCUUCGGAGAGGAUGCGAAUUAUGGUGGAUAUCAUCGCUGCUGGCUGA